AUGGCAGUUGAAGACGCCGGCAAGGCCCCAGCAGCUCCCAAACGCGCCUGGGCCCACAGUGAUGACACGAAGGAGGCGACCGAGGCGGCGCAGCCCGGGCCGCAGCUCCCUGCAGGCCCCGGCCCCCCCCGCUCCGCGGGCGGCCUAAGCGAUCGGCGCCCCUUAAGCUUCUACAGCGUGGCGUGUGUCCUCAGUGCGCAUUGGUCGGCGCCGGCCCCACCCACGCCCGCAAACGCGCACUUCAUUGGUCCGUUUGAAUCCGGCAGCGAUGACGCGUGCUCUGCGCGCUCCUCUCUCCCCUGUUCCCCUGAGGCAGCCGCACCGGGUCGCCGUGCCGCAGCCACGGGCCGGGCCGAGUCGAGGGAGACGGCCGCCGCGGCUUCGCCGAAGCAAGCAAAGGGAAAAUUCCUAGGGGUAAUGGGAGCCCAAGACCAGGGGCAGCAGAGCGCCACCGACACGUCUGUAAUCAAUCCUACGGUGCCAUCUCUCCCCACCACACUGUGUGGGAAUGUACUUGACCUCUUACCAGGAGAUAAAGAGGUUACAGAGUCUGCCAUGAGAAAUUCUUCAGCGGAAAGUUCUGCUUCCAAGUAUCUGAUUUGACACUUAAUGUUUUACUGUGAUAGUAUCCAUAUGACUU